AUGACGAUACGAUCAAGAUGGUCCAGCGAGCUGGCCAAAUUCAUACUUCCAAGCUUUGCCCAAGACUGGCUACACACUACUCGCCCACGGCCAAAGAAGACGCACUCGACAUCAUACCUCGACGGGCUUCGAGGUUUAGCAGCUUUGGCAGUGUUGGGCUACCACUUUACCGACUAUAACCUCAAAUUCUUUCACCCAGGUUAUGGCGUAGAAGAAUCCUCUUCACUAUUACAGUUGCCAUAUGUCCGUUUAUUGUAUGCGGGUAAACCCAUGGUUCAUCUUUUCUUUGUUGUCUCUGGGUUUGCUUUAUCGAUUCGACCUCUACAGCAGCUCGUGGCAGGCCAGCAUGAUGAGUGUCAGGAAACACUAUCGUCGUCGAUCUUUAGAAGACCAAUCAGACUCUUGGGGCCAUGUCUUGUCCUGACCUUUUCACUCGUCUUUUGGGCCCGUGCUGGAUAUUUUUUGCAUUACCUCAAGUAUCAACCUACCUUGUGGGCUCAGAUCUCUGAUUGGAGCUCCGACUUCUUCCUUCGUAUUGCUUGGCCCUGGAGUUGGGACUUCGGGGAGCGACCCAAGUACAAUGUGCAUCUCUGGACAAUUCCGAUCGAGUUAUCGCACUCUUACCUCCUGUUUCUGACCAUACUGUUGAUUGCACAUCUUCGACCUACGUUUCGACUUCCGAUUCUGAUUUCAAUCAUGAAAUACACCCUGCAAUGCGGACGAUGGGCAGCCUUUGAGUUUAUAGGGGGUUGCCUACUGGCAUACAUACAUAUUCGCCAAGAGCAGGACUCUGAAGAAGAGACAACGAAAGCCCAAAGUCUUUUGUGGUCGAUUUGGCAUGGUCUUGUUAACAUCAUUCUCAUAUUGAUGUUUCUGGCAGGUGCCUUCGUCAUGUCCUGGCCGACGGACUUCAAGCAACUUCCCGAGACAUAUCAAUUCUUGGUAGCCCAUGUACCAGAACCCUUUGCCAAUAAUGCGUCGGACUUUUGGUUCGCGCUUUCGGCCUUUGCUGUCGUAGGAUCAAUAGGCCACUUGAGAACCCUGCGCCAAUGUCUUGAGCUGCCCUUUCCUCAAUACCUGGGCAGGAUCAGUUUCUCCCUUUAUAUCCUCCAGCAUCCCUUUCUGAACCUAAUUCAACCUUACCUCAUGGGCGCGGAAGCACGGCCUGCCAGCGGCAAUCAACCGGCUAUACCCGGCUGGGGUCUGAGAGGCUGGCCUGGCGUCGAGACAUGGCGGCAACGCGUCAUCACGUGGUUUAUAGGAUGGAUGAUUGUGGUGCUGCUGCAGAUCUGGCUGGCCGACAUGUACACGCGAUGGAUCGAUCAGCCGUGCGUAAGGCUCGCAAAGGCGGCAGAGCGAUGGAUGUGUCUUCAGGCUGAUCGGCAACCCGAAAGACUUGGCACCGAGGAAAAGUCGUUGUUGACUGACCAACUCCGAGUCAACUCUGAACCUAGUAGCGACUCCCCCGUCUGA